GCUUGAGAGCUUUCUCCGACUACACUGUAGAAAUCACUCCUUUUUCCUCUUUUGCAGUUGAAUCCUACCCAGUAUUAUGCUCUUUCAGGAGGAGAUGAGUAUUGAAAUGUUCAGCGUUGAACUAUGUCACAUGUAAAUACAUUUAUUUUUGUCACAUGUAAAUUUAAAACAGGAAACCCUUCGCUUUCUGCACCUACCAAGUCCUCACUUGUGACAUCUUACGGUGCAGACUGUUCUGCCCCCGUGCUGUCCAAGAGCAAUGAAUAUUGGUGGACCGACGGGAUUAUGUUUCUAGACCAGACAGGCUUAGUGUUGUCUUUAGCUUUCCACUUUCCCACCCUCCUUUUCUUUUUGUGGAGAUGGAGAUGAAAAGUAAAGCGAUUUUAUGACUCAUUCUAUCUCCCAGGCGCAUGCUAUCUUAAGUGGCACUAGUGAAGGAUGCCUCAGGAUAAGCAGAGAAAGGAAAGAUAACUGCAAAGCUGAAUAAAAUGGUCAAGGACACCGGAAAGACAUAACAGGGGUUAAGUAGUGGGAAGCUUUAAGAAUUAAGAUAAAUUUAUUUGCUGUGGCAGGAGGUGGAAGCUUAGCAGGUUGUCAAGAAUAUGCCGUUGCUCAAGUGAUAGGUGGGAGGGUUCAUGUAAACAGGGACUGAAUGCCUACUGUGUACUAGAUAGUUGGGCAAUCAGAGAUAAGGCAAGAUAAAAGUUACCAUGGAUAGCAAUAGGAUAGUGGGUUGGAAGGACAGACGAAGACUUACAUGGUAAGGGCUAGGGAUGUGGCUCAAUGGUAGCGUGCCUAACGCGCUAGAAGCCCUGGGUUAGAUCCCCAGCGUUGGGGGAGGGGGGAUGGGAAGGGGAGGAGCUUUUAAAUACUACGUAAUAAAAAGCAAGAUUUAACGACACCGAAUGGUGGGUUUAAAAGGGAUCUAGAAGGAUUGGAAAUGCUUGCUUCGUACGGAAAAACAAGUAAUCGUACGGGGGGGAAAUGAGAACAAAGGGUAAAAAAAAAAAUUAAGGGGUUUGCUGAACUGUGGGGUAAAACGGAUGCAACUGUCAUGAGCUCUGGUUGCGCUUCUGUCCUUUGUGGACGUUCACGUUCAGACCCCAGGUAGGCCUCUCCGCGCCCCAUGGCUGAAGGUCAUCGACGGAAAUGGUGUCUUCUGUAUUUAAGCAAUGAUGUUGUCCACUGGGCAUGUACUGACCAAUGUGGCAGGUCUGAGAACAUAGCUGAAGCUGAAAAUAGGAAAGCUGGGGGCAAGGAAGAGCCUUGAAUCUUGAGGUGGGACGUUGACUCUAAGAUGUCCUUGAGCAGUGGAGCCUCCGGAGGGAAAGGAGUGGAUGCAAACCCGGUUGAGACAUACGACAGUGGGGAUGAAUGGGACAUUGGAGUAGGGAAUCUCAUCAUUGACCUGGACGCCGAUCUGGAAAAGGACCAGCAGAAACUGGAAAUGUCAGGCUCAAAGGAGGUGGGGAUACCGGCUCCCAAUGCUGUGGCCACACUACCAGACAACAUCAAGUUUGUGACCCCAGUGCCAGGUCCUCAAGGGAAGGAAGGCAAAUCAAAAUCCAAAAGGAAUAAGAGUGGCAAAGACACUAGCAAACCCACUCCAGGGACUUCCUUGUUCACUCCAAGUGAGGGGGCAGCUAGCAAGAAAGAGGUGCAGGGGCGCUCAGGAGAUGGUGCCAAUGCAGGAGGCCUGGUUGCUGCUAUUGCUCCCAAGGGCUCGGAGAAGGCGGCUAAGGCGUCACGCAGUGUAGCCGGCUCCAAAAAGGAGAAGGAGAACAGUUCGUCUAAGAGCAAGAAGGAGAGAAGCGAAGGAGUGGGGACUUGUUCAGAAAAGGAUCCUGGGGUCCUCCAGCCAGUUGCCUUGGGAGGACGGGGUGGGCAGUUUGAUGGAAGUGCGGGGGUGGAUACAGGCGCUGUGGAGCCACUUGGGAGUAUAGCUAUUGAGCCUGGGGCAGCGCUCAAUCCUUUGGGAGCUAAACCGGAGCCAGAGGAAGGGGAGAAUGAGUGUCGCCCGCUAAAGAAAGUCAAGUCUGAAAAGAUGGAAUCCCCUGUCUCCACGCCAGCGGUGCUACCACUGCACCUUUUGGUACCGGUGGUCAAUAAUGACAUCUCAUCUCCCUGUGAGCAGAUCAUGGUUCGCACCCGAUCUGUUGGGGUCAACACAUGUGAUGUGGCUCUAGCCACAGAGCCUGAGUGCUUGGGCCCCUGUGAACCUGGAACCAGCGUCAACCUUGAAGGCAUCGUGUGGCAGGAAACAGAAGAUGGGAUGCUGGUGGUGAACGUGACGUGGAGGAACAAGACGUACGUGGGAACGCUGCUCGACUGCACACGGCACGACUGGGCACCCCCACGGUUCUGUGACUCCCCCACCAGUGACCUGGAAAUGCGCAACGGUCGAGGGCGGGGCAAACGCAUGCGUCCCAACAGUAACACCCCUGUCAGUGAGACGGCCACUGCCUCUGACAGCAAAGGGACCAGCAGCAGCAGCAAAACGCGAGCAGGAGCCAGCAGCAAAGGCCGUCGGGGCAGCCAGAAUUCUUCAGAGCAUCGCCCACCUGCCAGCGGCUCGUCUGAGGAUGUCAAGGCCAGCCCUUCCUCUGCCAGUAAGAGGAAAAACAAGCCCCUGUCAGACAUGGAGCUGAAUUCCAGCUCAGAGGACUCCAAGGGGAGCAAGCGAGUCCGGACAAACUCCAUGGGCUCAGCCACUGGCCCCCUCCCUGGGACCAAGGUGGAGCCCACCGUCCUGGAUAGAAACUGUCCUUCCCCAGUCCUGAUUGACUGUCCCCACCCAAACUGCAACAAGAAGUACAAGCACAUCAACGGGCUCAAGUACCACCAGGCCCACGCCCACACGGACGAGGACAGCAAGCCAGAAGCAGAUGGAGACAGCGAGUAUGGAGAGGAGCCCGCCCUCCACGCAGACCUCGUGAGCUGCAAUGGAGCGCCCGUCUCCCAGAAAGGCUCCCUGUCCCCUGCCCGCUCAGCUACCCCCAAAGUUCGGCUCGUAGAGCCCCACAGCCCUUCUCCGUCAAGCAAAUUCAGCACAAAAGGCCUCUGUAAGAAAAAGCUGAGUGGGGAAGGGGACACGGACCUCGGGGCCUUAUCCAAUGACGGCUCUGAGGAUGGGCCGUCAGUCAUGGACGAAACAAGUAAUGAUGCCUUUGACUCUUUGGAAAGAAAGUGCAUGGAAAAAGAAAAAUGUAAAAAACCCUCUAGUUUGAAACCUGAAAAGAUGCCUUCCAAGAGCUUGAAAUCAGCCCGGCCCAUCGCGCCUGCCAUCCCCCCGCAGCAGAUCUACACCUUCCAGACGGCCACGUUCACGGCGGCGAGCCCGGGCUCGUCCUCAGGCCUCACCGCCACAGUGGUGCAGGCCGUGCCAAACAGCCCGCAGCUCAAGCCCAUCCAGCCCAAGCCCACCGUGAUGGGGGAGCCCUUCACAGCCAGCCCCGCCUUGACGCCCGCCAAGGACAAGAAGAAGAAGGACAAAAAGAAGAAGGAGUCGUCCAAGGACCUGGAAAGUCCUCUCACCCCUGGGAAGGUCUGUCGAGCAGAAGAAGGAAAAAGCCCCUUCAGGGAAUCGUCAGGAGAUGGGGCGAAGAUAGAGGGGCUCCUGAAUGGCUCCUCUGACCCCCACCAAAGCCGCCUGGCGAGCAUCAAGGCAGAGGCCGACAAGAUCUAUAGCUUCACAGACAACGCCCCCAGCCCUUCCAUUGGAGGCGGCAGCCGCCUGGACAGCACACCCCCAACCCAGCCCCUGACGCCCUUACAUGUGGUGACCCAGAACGGGGCGGAGGCGAGCUCAGUAAAGACCAAUAGCCCUGCCUACUCCGACAUCUCUGACGCAGGGGAGGAUGGGGAGGGCAAGGUAGACAGCCUCAAGUCAAAGGACCCAGAGCAGCUGGUGAAGGAAGGGGCUAAGAAAACCCUCUUUCCCCCUCAGCCGCAGAGCAAAGACUCCCCGUAUUACCAAGGCUUUGAGAGCUACUACUCUCCAAGCUAUGCCCAGUCCAGCCCCGGGGCUCUGAACCCUGGCAGCCAGGUGGGCGUGGAGAGCCAGGCCUUGAAGCCAAAAAAGGAGGAGGAGCCCGAGGGCCUGGAGGGCAAAGGGAAGAAUGACCUAUGUGAGGAAAAGAAGCCUGAUCUGAGCGGUGCCAGCCAGCAACCCUCAGUCAUCCAGCAGCGGCCCAACAUGUACAUGCAGUCGCUGUACUACAACCAGUACGCCUACGUGCCGCCCUAUGGCUACGGCGACCAGGGCUACCACGCACACCUGCUGAGCACCAACGCGGCCUACCGGCAGCAGUAUGAAGAACAGCAGAAGCGCCAGGGCCUGGAGCCACCUCGGGGCCCCGACAAGAAGGCUGAGCUGGGCCUCAAGGACCGCGAGGCUGUGCUCAAGGAGGAGUGGAAGCAGAAACCAUCCAUCCCACCAACCCUCACCAAGGCCCCCAGCCUCACGGACCUGGUGAAGUCGGGGCCUGGCAAGGCCAAGGAGCCGGGGAAUGACCCCGCCAAGUCAGUCAUCAUUCCCAAACUGGACGAUGCCUCCAGACUCCCCAGCCACACCCCGGAAGGUCUGAAGGCGAAGCUCAGCGAGGCCACCCACCUAGGAAAGGAGGCCUCGGAGGGCAAGCCAGGCACUGAGUGUGGCCGCCAGGCAGAGGUGGACCCCAUUCUCUGGUACCGACAGGAGGCAGAGCCCCGUAUGUGGACGUACGUGUAUCCUGCCAAGUACUCCGACAUCAAGUCAGAGGAUGAGCGGUGGAAAGAGGAGCGAGACCGCAAAUUGAAGGAGGAAAGGAGUCGGAGUAAGGACUCUGUCCCCAAGGAAGAUGGGAAGGAAAGCACAAGCAGUGACUGCAAGCUGCCCACGUCUGAGGAGUCCCGCCUUGGGAGCAAGGAGCCCCGACCAAGUGUCCAUGUGCCUGUGUCCUCCCCGCUCACCCAGCACCAGUCCUACAUCCCCUACAUGCACGGCUACUCCUACAGCCAGUCCUAUGACCCCAACCACCCCAGCUACCGGGGCAUGCCUGCUGUGAUGAUGCAGAACUACCCAGGUUCCUACUUGCCUUCUAGCUACUCCUUCUCCCCAUACGGCAGCAAGGUCUCAGGUGGUGAAGAUGCCGAGAAGGCACGAGCCAGCCCCAGUGUCAGUUGUAAAUCCAGCUCAGAGUCCAAAGCCCUGGACAUCUUGCAGCAGCACGCCAGCCACUACAAGAGCAAGUCCCCCACGAUAAGCGAUAAAACUUCUCAGGAGCGAGAUCGGGGAGGCUGUGGGGUGGUUGGAGGUGGUGGCAGUUGCAGCAGUGUCGGGGGAACAGGCGGAGCUGAGCGGAGUGUUGACCGGCCACGCACCUCCCCUUCCCAGCGCUUGAUGUCCACACACCACCACCACCACCACCUGGGGUACUCACUGCUCCCCACGCAGUACAACCUGCCCUAUGCAGCAGGGCUUUCUUCUACAGCCAUUGUUGCUAGCCAGCAAGGCUCAACGCCCUCGCUCUACCCACCACCCAGGAGGUGAGAAUGAACAAGUGCCCGGAUAAAGUCAGCUUCACGGGCCGGACUGCCUCACCCAAGGAGGUGCUGGAGGUGCCAUUCAGACAUCAGUUAGAUGGUGUUGGUCAUCCUGUUUGCCGUUCCAACAUGACUGAAGGCAGACCCUUGCCUAUCGCCUCCUCCAGACCCCGGACUCCCUGACCCUCCCUCUUCCUCAGGAGCUGGAGAGCUGGUACUUAGCAAAAAUAUUUAUUCUCAGCCACAACCGUGACUGCUGUGGCCUCUCUGGAGACGAAGGCAUGGGAAGCAACCAGGGGAACACGGCCUCAGCCCAGAGAAGUCCCUGCUCUGUUCCCCGGGUCCCGUUCUGCUCCCGGCGCAGUACCACCCAACCCCUGCAGGGAGGCCCCACGUACUGGGUAAGGUCUGAAGACAGCACAGCAGCCACCCCCUCUCGCUGCCAUUCCCACUGUCACCAGAUCCCACACCUCCCCAGCGGUUUGGGCCCUGGGAACUGGCAGCAUGUGGAAGAAUUAGAAUCUCAGGAAAGAAACUGGGGGCUGUUUUCUCUGUAGUUAUGAAAACAAGGUCUUCAAACACAGAGACUUCCCCUUCACUCGUGAGCACAGAUAAAUGCUCAGAGCCCAGCCUAGAGAGGGAGAUGCAGGCAUUCGCCCCACAGGGCCUUGAGCUACCCAGCAGGCAGAGGCGGGGCUUCCAACACCAGCACAGGGCUCCCGGCCGCUGCGGAGAGAGCUGGAGUGUGAACGGAGUCUGUGAAAUUGAACCUGCGUCCCACGACGUCCUGCUGCUUAUCUCCCCACUCCGUGCCCUUUUCUCUCCCGUCCUCACCCCUUGGUGCCUUUCCUAGGGGACCCCACGCCGAUUUCACCUCUUCUUUUCCAUUGCUUGGCUCUCAAGAUUCAGGCAGAUAAAGCAGUAUUCCCCCAGAAUGGGGGCCCGAGGAGUCUGCCAGCUCACCGGAGGGCAAAGCCCAGCAGGCAGGCCCGGAGCACCCAGCAGUUCUUGAGAUGUCCCGUGUGUUCAGCCAUCCGAGUAUCUGCCUCAGCUGGGGCCACAGAAGUACGCAGCCCAGUUCUGUCCACAAGUACAUGGUUUUAUAUAGCUCAGUCUGUACCUUCCGUGUGUGCCGGUGCAGGUUGUGUGUCUCUGUAACACACAGUUUCUGUGGGGGCCACCGGCUCUGGGAGGUCAUGUGUCCUCAGACCCUACGCUGACACACCUAAGCAUUGCUCACGGGAGCCAGAGUGGCUUGGGCUGUGCUCGGAGGCAGCUGACAUUUCUCUGCUCUCCUUAGAAAAAUCUCUCUGGGUCAGAGCUUUAUGUUUGUGCACUGAGAAGGUGAUGAUGAUUUGGUAGCUCCCCAAAGUGUGGGAGCUUUCGCUUCUUCUUACUUUUCUGAGGCAUCACGCCUCUGUUCUCCCCUCCUGUCUUUCCUUAGCCCUCCAGAUUAAGAGAAAGACCAACAGACACCAGCCUAGGCUAAAGAAGGGUGCUUUGCAACCAGAGUGCCAAAAGAGACCGCUGAGAGCAGGAAGGUGGUUCUGACCUAAUCUGAGAGCGGAGCGCUGGGGCCAGUAAGCACAAUUCCCAGUGAGGGUAGUGUCUAAGAACCGGAGCUCCUCUGCGACCCACAGACGUUCCUCUAGGUUUUUCCGUGUCUUUGCUUUUGUUUAAAGUUGGGUCCUGAGCUCCCCACAAAGCUCAUUGUUUUAGACCUAUUUUCAGGGCCCCUGACAGCCUCGCUCAGCCCUCAUUCCUCUGCUGCCCCAGUGGGCAGUGCCCCGAGCAGUCCCCUCCCUUCCAUCCGUGGAAGCUGCUGGUGUGGACACCUUCACCCACCUGACCUGGGCCGCCCUCCCAAGAGGGUGACCAGCUUUCAGCCUGCCUUUGCCUGCCAGGCUCCUGUGGGUGGAGCCACUCACCCAUCUCUACUCCUGUUUUUGACUGUUGUUGUGUGUUUUGUAUCUGUGGCGCUGGCCUGCAGCGUGCUCUGUACAUAGUGUAAAGAAACCACUGGAGCAGUUUCCUUACUCUCCCGGCAGGAGUGAGUCCACGUUCCUGCUCUUUCCAGUUUGUUCUGUAACAGAGAGGAGGGCCUUCUGUCUUUGCAGGGCAGCUGAGUUCUGCAGAAGGGAACGGCUGAUUCUUAAAAUUUUCCCUUAAAAAAACAUAGCCAGGUCUCCCCUGGAGUGUAGGGGCUGCCCAGAGGAGCAAGGGAAAGCCCCGGUGGCAGACGGCACUGUCUGCCCUGCUCCGGCCUGGGUCACCCCUCACUUUGGAGUGACAGGCGGCGGCUAUGGCGUCCCUUGCCACAUGCUGAGUGAGGGGUUUUCUGUUCACCUCCAGCUUCUCUCUAUGAAAGGAACAGCACCUGUGACACCCGGGACAGACUCAAAGGGAGAAGACAGCGCAGCUCCUCACCCCCACAUGCAAAGUCUGGGCAAGGUCGUUGCUGGGACCAAGGCCACCAGGCUGAGCCCCUCUCUGAGCCACCCCUGCCAGGCCCUGCCGGGAAGGAUAGUUGGGCUUAGAGAGCUGCUCUUUAGGGUCCACAUCUGCUUCUUCCUAUUUAAGGUGUGAGAGUUCCCGUCACCCGGCCCUGCCUUAUACAUGGACGUGUACAUGUAUGAAGUGUCCCGCUCUCGCCCCACUCUCCACACACCUCAAGGUCAAAGGGCCACACACACAAGGCUACGAGGGCGCCCUGCGAAAUGAAGUGGUCCGCUCUUGAAUCUCCUCUCCAGGCUCCAGGGCAGGGUGGGGCUUAGCUUCAGCAGUUGGGGGUGAAGACUGCAGAAGGGCUAGAGAACGGGAUACAGGCUUUAUGGCCCCCUCGCGUCACUUACUACCACACAUACCCUAUCGCCAUCCCAGUGUCUACUCUGAUGCCCCUAAGAUUCAACUGGGCAGCUAGCUGGCCCCACAAUUCUGGGCCUCUGUUAUUUGUUUUAUGGCGAGGGCUCCCCCGGAAGCUUUCCAGUGAUUCCCACUGUGGGCCCCUCCUGGGAUCAAGCCCCUCCCAGCCCUGUCUCCGCCCCUCCUGCCCCAGCCCGCCCGCUUGCCUUGGUGCUCAGCCCUCCCCUCGGGAGCAGGUUGGGGCAAGCUGGAGGCCCGGGCUGGAGGGGCACGUUGCUGUUCAUAGCUUUUGUUCCAUUGGCGUUGCUCUGUUGGGUUUAAUUUCAGUCUUCCUGAUUCUUCCCUUCUGUAAAGUGUACAUUACCAAGUUCCUUGUUUUUUUAUAUAUAUAUAUAAAUAUAUAUAUAUACAAACUGUACUCUUUUUGCCUUUGUACAUUCAGGCAAGAAGAGAAAAUAAAUCUUUUUAAGAGACAAUCACAAAUCUGUGAGGGCUGCUGAUUAUUUCUCCUGAAGUUUGCUGCUGAGCUGCUUCCUCCCUUCUCCCCACUUUUCUGUCCUCCCUCAACUUCCCUGCCUUCCUGGUGUCGUGCUCCAUACGGGUCCUCAGCUUCCCCCGCCCUGGCUGACGGCGAGCUGCCGAGUCCCGUCCAGACUGCCUGCCCUGUCCCCCUCCCCCACCCAGCACUGUCCUCUGACCUGGCCACUGGCUUCGCCUGGGAGCUUUAUGCUGUGCCCUGGCCCUCUCCUCACCCUUGGAUCCCACUCACCAACAUGGCUUUGGACACUUGCUGUCAAACUACGCAGCUGGGAGCUCUCUGCCUAAGAGUUCGCACUGUUUAAACCUGCAUGGGAGUCAGGAUGGAUGGUUGGCAGGAAUGUGGGGAAACUACUUCCAACGCUGUUUCCCCCUGCCCAGCCAUUCCAGCUUCUGGGUGCUCUGAUCCAGAGCCCACUGGGCCGUUCCUGUCGGGUGGACUACUGUGGUCACCCCAUUGGAACAAGGGCUAAUGGUUUAUGGGUCAGGAGCAUGGGGUCAGACUCUCAAAGGGCCGUACCUUCUGAAACAGCCCCAUCAGGCCCCUGUUCAGCCUCUUUCCACCCACCUUCCUCCUACCCCUUUUCCUUUUUCUCUACUUCUUUAAUUGGCUUUGGAAUUGAAGUAUAUUUUUAAAUUAUUUGUUGUAUUUAUUGAAUAAAGUUUUUAAUGUCCCUGUUCUUAAAUUUAGA